AUGUCACCAGACCAAUCCACAGAUUUGCAGGAGCAUACUGUGUCACCCGAUUCUGAGAUCAGUAUUAAUAGUCGCAAAGCAGCAGAAAGAAGCUCUUCAUCGGAGGAUAUUGCUCUGUCUAGCUCUGAUUUUGAUGAUCAUGCUACUGACAAGGACAAUAAGCCAUCAGAUGAAUCUCAAUCACAGAAAAGAACGAACACGGAGUCAUACAAGCAUUAUGUGUUGGGCCAGGCAUCACUUUUCAAGACAACUGACCGGAUUCUGGACGAUAUAAGAGUUGAUCCAUAUUUCCUUUUUGACAAACUCUCCGGAAUUCUAAGUGUGCCAUCUAUGGAAUAUGCCGACAGGUUAACUGAGUACAUUCAAUUAUCAUCUUGCCAUCCAAAAUAUAAGCUCGUAACUCUAAAUGCGAAUGUUGAUUAUGUGAAUUUGGACUCAUCGUGUGAACUUGCUGAUGGGUAUAAGCUUAGAACAUUUGAAGGAUUAAUUGUUCCCACUUCAUGCAAUGGCAUACCGAAUGAUCCAAUGUUUCAUUUCGUUGUGAAAAUAAAGGGCCCGGAAAAUGAGUUGCAUUUUAAGCACAAGUUUUAUGGAUUUAGUGAUGAUCAGUUGACACCUGAGGACAAGAAAGAUCUUAUAUUAGAUAAAUCUGCUAUCGAGGAACAGUUCAGCAAAUGUGAAAGCGAAAAUGACAAGAGACUUGCCAACAUAAUUUUGAAAUCACUUCCAAAAAUUGUGGAUUCGGGUAACUUUGUAUCUGAGGGGACAAAAACAAUUCUGAGAGUUGAAAUAUGUGAACCUGUCAUACCCCAGAUGGAAUUUAAAGCUUUUGAGAAUAGCGAAAUUGAAUCACGUCUUACUGCAUAUAUGUCCACAAUCACGAAGGAACAUCCAGAUAAAAAUUUGCGGGUUAAAGUUCCUUCAACUUUAGACUGUCUCAAGACGUUGUAUCGUAUUUUAAGUGGCCCAUUUAACAAUAUUGAUUCGGCUUAUAGUAAAACUUUGAAACCGGAACGGUCUCCCAUUCUGCAAUUUCAUCUAGAUCUAGAUAUUCUACUAAGAAUCUUCUUUUUCAAAAAAAAUGAAGAUGGCUCUGAGGUUGAAUUGGAGCCUCCUAGAUUCCAUGAUUUUGGAGGUUUUGAACAUAUCUGUACUGAAUAUUUUACACGUGCAUUACAGGAGGUCUUAUACAUUAUGUCUGUGCUAUCACCUAAUUGUUCAAGCAUUGGUCAUCUGCAGUUUAAAGUUGAUCCAAAUUUGACAUCCUUGUUUACGGCGUUUGGAGAGAGCGAUCUCCAAACUCAAUUGAAAUGUUGGGCAAACUGGGGACUUUAUCAGUAUAACAAAGGCUUCACGACAUUGAGCUCAAAUAAUUACUAUCCAGAUGGUCUUGUGAUUGAAUUAUACAACCGAAUGGUAGCACUGGAUACGUUAGCAACGCCAAUUUUUCUUGAUGCUCUUACAUUUUGUGCAACUUCAUGCGGUGGACAAGAACUACAAAUAUAUGCUAGCACGUUGCAAUCACAAGGAUUGAUUGGUUUCCAAGAGUUGAGGUCUUGCUUUAUAAAGCUUGGUUUUGAACCUAAUAGUAUUAAAAGCUUCGCCGAAAUUUCGGAUGAGCAAUUGAUUUCGUCAUAUAAGGAUCAUCUUGUUCUUAGCAAGUCACCAGCGGAAAGUUCUUCUUAUAGGAGUGGAUUGGAAAAGAUUGGAACAUAUAGAGAUAGUUCCGUUAUAAAGAUAUAUUUAGAUACAGAACCUAUGCAUGACUUGAAUGAAGCAUACUCUACAUUGGAUACAAGUCCAAGUGUUGAUGAUGAUGUUCUUAUUACAGCAUAUCAACUAAAGGCUGAAGAGUCGAAUUAUUACGAUGCACGUUAUUCACGUGCAUUGAUUGCAAUAGCAAUUGAUAGACGAAGUAUGCUGUUAAUGAGUUAUAUUGAUACGAAUAUGCCAAACUUCUCGUUGGGUAGUAUUACAUUUGAUGAAGCCAUAAAGAAUCUAGGUGCCGAUAAGUAUGCAAGUGAUUCAUCUUUGAUCCGAAUUUUUCAAGAGAGGAUUAACAUGGAAACCAAGCUUAACUUUCAACGGACAUGGACAUCGCUGAAGGUGAUAGGUCAGGCAAGAAACUCAAAGUUGAUUGAAAACUUUCUAGCAACAGGAAUUAUCAAUCUGGCACUUUUGCCAAUAGAUAAAAUUCCUACCGGUUUGAAUAAUAUUGGAAAUACUUGUUACUUGAACAGUUUGCUUCAAUAUUACUUUGUUAUUAAGCCAAUUCGAAAUCUCACGAUAGACUUUGAUAAGAUAUUAACUCCAGAAUUGUUUGGAAAGGAUCCGAACUAUAAAAUCAGAAGAAUCGGUGGAAGAGUGGUGAGAUAUAAAGAGACAGAAAGAUCUUAUCAAUUUAUGUAUCAGUUGAAAAACUUGUAUUACACAAUGAUACAUGCCAAUAGCAGAUGUGUUACACCAACUAGAGAAUUGGCCUACUUGGCUUUUAGCCCUAUUGAAUCUGAGGUCGAAUUUAAUUAUCCUUCACCUGAUAAUUCUCAUGGUAAGGGCAACAACAACAAUGAGGAAAAUGUUGGUGGUGACGGAAAUGUCGGUGAAGUAACGGAUUCCGUGAAGUCUGUCAUAAAUGAAGAUGAUUUUGACAUUCCAGAAGAAGAUGGAAAAAAGGAAAAGAAAGUUGGGAGUAUGAAUGAGAAUGAAAUGAAUAAGAAUAAAGAGGAGCCUGGUCAGAAUUUGUCAUCUGAGGAUGAAAGCGGGGAUGAAUCCGAUGUUAUGGAUACUGGUGAUGAAUCCGAAAGUGAAAUUAAUGCCUGUUCCAAUGGAAUGUUGAACACAUUAGCGGUUGCACAGAUUGGUUAUGAUCAAAUUGAGAAUGCGUUUGAGUUGGGCAGGCAACAAGAUGUCACUGAGUGCAUAUCAAAUGUUCUUUCCCAAAUUGAAUGUGCACUGAACCCUGAUGAAUUGGAUGAAUCAAAUGAACAGCUUGAUAGUGUUAAGAAGCUUUUCUAUGGAAAGACCAAGCAAACAUUAAUUCCAUAUGAUGUACAGGCAAGAAAGGCAAAGCCUGGUAAUAAACCUAGAACCAAAAUAGAACGCUUUCUGAAUCUUAUAGUGAAUAUUGGUGAUCAUCCUAAAGACAUAUACGAUGCUUUGGAUACGUACUUCACAGAGGAUUUGUUAGAAUUGGAAAAUGAGGAAGUUAAGAGAUCCCUAACGAUUACUGAGCUACCAAGCAUCUUGCAAAUACAAAUUCAGCGUGUACAGUUUGAUCGUGUGAGGUUGAUGCCAGUCAAAUCUACCGAGCCAAUACCAUUUGGAGAAAAGUUAUACAUGGAUAGAUACAUGGAUACUGAUGACCAAAGUAUAGUUAAUAAGCGCGAAAGUGUGUUUCAUUGGCGCAGAGAACUUGAGUCCUUGAAGAGAAGAAAAGCUGUUCUCACGAAGGUUGACGAUAUGGGCUUAGGUCCGAAGGAUGUGUUAGAAUCUACCAGGCAAUUCUUACAGUCCAAUAUUAUAAAUCAAGUUGGUGUUUUGGUCGACGAAAAUACGCUCCAAAUAUUAGAGCAUGAACAGCAGAAAAUAGAUAAAGAGUUAGCUGAAAUAAACUCUAAAGUUGAAAGCUUGGAAUCACUGAUUUCUAAGCAGUUUGCUGAUUUGAAGUCGAUUGGUUAUUCAAUAUUUGCUAUAUUUAUACACCGUGGCGAAGCAUCGUAUGGACAUUAUUGGAUAUAUAUAAAGGAUCCGGAGACAGGUAUGUUCCGAAAAUAUAACGAUGAAAUCGUCAGUGAAGUGCCUAUGGAGGAGGUGUUUGACUUUAGUACAUCAAAUAGGGCCACACCAUAUUACCUUGCUUUUGUGAAGGAUGGGUUCAAGGAUGAAAUAGAGCCUGUCAAAAGGGAAAUUAUUGAAAACUUGGUUGAUGCUCUCGACUAA